GAUCUAUGGCUUCGGGGUGCCAGUCCAUCGAAGUUCACAUUACAGGCCAGUUGAGAGUCGAGAUGCAAGUUGUGCUGCUGCUGCUGCCUUCGAUGGUUAUCAUUUGGAUGCUUUGGAUUCCGGAGGUGCCAGCACAGGAGCCCGACCUACGGAGAAUUCCCCGCGUGGUGGGUGGCCAUGCCAGUGAGGUUCGGAAUCAUCCCUAUAUGGUCAACAUUCGGCGGCGAGGGAACUUCGAGUGCGGUGGAUCUCUGGUCACCCCGCGAUGCGUCUUGACCGCCGCCCAUUGCCUGAAAGAUGGUCACCCAUCUGAUUUUGUGGUCCGCGGUGGGGUCACCUACCUAAGUGACAUGCGUAAUGCCCGCUAUGUGAGGAAAAUACUGUUGCCAUCUGCGUACAGUCGCUCCACUUUGGAGCAUGAUGUGGCUUUGCUCCAGCUCCAGCAACCGCUGCAGGCCUCCAUUGCCCAGCCCAUCUCCUUAGCCGUGAGAUCCCCUCGUCCGGGUGCAUUUGUCCGUGUUUCCGGCUGGGGCUUAACCGAUGCCAGCUCCACUGCGCUGCCCAAUCAGCUGCACAGCGUCCAAGUGCGAGUGAUGCCACAAAGGGAGUGCAGGGAACUCUAUCGAGGCUAUCGCAACAUCACGGCCAGCAUGUUUUGUGCCUCGGUUCCCGGCUUCAAGGAUGCCUGUGCCGCCGAUUCCGGUGGGCCAGUGGUCAACUCCCAGGGCUUCCUGGUGGGCAUUGUCUCCUGGGGCAGAGCUCAUCGCUGUGCCGCCGCAGACAGUCCCGGGGUGUACUCCGAUGUGAGUUACCUGUCCGAUUGGAUAGCCGAUAAUAUUCACAAACACUGCUACCGGGGCAAGGUCACAACCAGCACAGUUCACAGCAAGAUGCUUUGGCGCUGGGAUUAUCUGAUCUUGGGCAUGCUGCUCCUGGCCGAGCUUAGCCAACUGGGCGAGGCGGUGACCACGACGAGGCGAAACAGGCGAUUGAGAAACGGCAAUGCCAAGAAGGUGGCCACAAGGAGAAACCUCAAUGGAGCUGCAGCCAGGAAACUCUCCACCAAGAAGCUAAAUAAUCGAAACAAGAAGGCUUCUACUUCCACAUCUUCAUCCAAAAUCCAAUCCAAGAUUGUGGGUGGCACCAGCACCACCAUUUCCAGCACUCCCUACAUUCUCCAGUUACGCCGGGGCACGAAUCUCUGUGGAGGUUCGCUGAUUGCCGAUCGAUGGGUCCUGACCGCCGCCCACUGUGUGAAGGGACACAGUGCCUCCGUUUUUACGGUGCUUGCGGGAAGCACCACUUUGGAUGGCUCUGAUGGCGUCACUCGAUCCGUUGACUCUGUCCACGUGGCGCCCAAGUUCACCACCAGCAAAAUGAACAUGGAUGCGGCUUUGCUCAAGUUAAAUGCAUCCCUAACGGGCACUAAUAUUGGAACCAUAUCGAUGGCCACCACUCGACCCAAGGCAGGGGCAAAAGUACGCAUUGCGGGUUGGGGCGUAACCUCGGAGGGCAGCUCCAGCGCCUCCAAAACGCUGAGGGCCACCCAGAUCCGGGUGACCCGGCAGCAAAAGUGCCGAACGAACUAUCGCAGCAAGGCCACCAUUACCAAGUACAUGUUUUGUGGCCGGGCAGCUGGGAAGGAUACCUGCAGCGGAGAUUCCGGAGGACCUGUGACCAGGAACAACACCCUAGUGGGCAUAGUAUCCUUUGGCUAUGGGUGCGGCAGAGCCGGAUUUCCAGGUGUCUACACAGCCGUCUCCUCAAUACGCACGUGGGCCAACAAUGGUUCGGCCCUAUUUCAUUCUAGUUGGUUAACCACAAUGCUGGCCCGGUGUCUGUCUUCUAUGCUGCUGUUUCUUAUCCCGAUUUUGGGAAUUUUCUCCCAUUCCGACAGCAUGGAGAUACAGCCCCGCAUCAUUGGUGGUCGGGUGUCCAGCAUCAAGCAGGAGAAGUAUCUCGUCCAGGUGACCACAUCCACAGAGCUGUGCGGAGGAUCGCUGGUUAAGCCCCGCUGGGUGAUCACUGCGGCCCAUUGCGUUUAUGGCAAGAACAAGGAUGAUUUCAAGGUUUAUGGGGGUGCCUCCAAUCAGGGUGGACCCUAUGCCACCAUCCGUCAGGUGGAUUUCAUGGUUAUACGUCCGGACUUCAAUCGCAAGACCCUCAACAUGGAUGUGGCUGCACUGCGUCUCACUUCGGACAUGACUGGAGCCAAUAUAGAGACCAUAGGUUUGGCGCAACAAUCGGUUCCAGCUCGAGUUUUGGUCAAAGUUUCGGGCUGGGGCUUUCUAACAGCCGAUGCCACGCAAACGGCAACGCGGGUGCACAGCGUCCUCGUUCCCAUGUGGUCGCGAUCCUCCUGCGUGUCCGUCUACCAGGGCAUCCAUCGCAUCACCCGCUCCAUGGUGUGUGCGGCCAAGCUGUAUAAGAAGGAUUCCUGCGAUGGCGACUCGGGAGGUCCUCUGGUCUACCGCGGAGAGCUAGCCGGAAUCGUAUCCUUUGGCUAUGGCUGCGCCUCCUCGCUGCCCGGUGUUUACACCAGUGUUCCCGUGAUCCGUGAUUGGUUCUUGCGCAUGGUUAAAGAACAUUCCUAAACCUUAUCUUAAGACAUAGCCAAUAAAUAGUUCAAGUUUA